AUGCGCGCAUCGCGCCUCCCUCCACACACCACACGGUCUACGUCUCCGGCAUGGCAUCGCGCCUGGUGGACGGUACAUACGCCGGGGUCACAGAGCACGCCGACGGGACAUACACUUUGGAUAUCCGAAAACAAACCGCGGCGAAUUACGCGGGCAUGA